AUGGCAUGCUUCUUAGCCCGUUCCUGGCUGUGCUUCUGUUGGAGCGAGUCGGACUGGAGCGAGUCGGACUUGAGCAAGUUGGUCCGGAGCGAAUCGGAUUGGACUGAAUGCAUCUGCCAGGGUAGCGUACCUAGAGUCCUCUCCUAUGUGUCCUAUGUCUCCUAUGUGUCCUAUGUCCCUCCUUCCCCUCCUUCCCCUCACUUCCCCCACUUCCCUCACGUCCCUCACGUCCCUCCUGUCCCUCCUGUCCCUCGCGUCCCUCCUGUCCCUCCUGUCCCUCCUGUCCCUCCUGUCCCUCAUGUCCCUCAUGUCCCUCCUGUCCCUCAUGUCCCUCAUGUCCCUCCUGUCCCUCAUGUCCCUCAUGUCCCUCAUGUCCCUCAUGUCCCUUAUGUCCCUCCUGUCCCUCCUGUCCCUCCUGUCCCUCCUGUCCCUCCUGUCCCUCCCGUCCCUCCUGUCCCUCCUGUCCCUCCCGUCUCUCCUAUCUCUCCUGAUCCCUGUCUCCUCCUCAUUUGGCUGCUGUCGCCAACACAGCCACUGGAGUACACUCUGACUUGUCUGACCUUUCUGCCCUGUCUGGUCUUUCUGCCCUGUCUUGCUUGGCUCUCUGACGCACAUGGCAGGCGACCUGACGGUUCCCUAGGCGACAUUUUGAUGAAGAUAUAUGUGGGAGCCCAUUCUGAUAUAUUUAUCUAA